GAACCUCGUAAAAGCCGGAACUACUGAAGCCACUAGAGAAAGUUUAAGUUUGUACGCUGUUGACCAAAUGGUCAUUAGAAGAUGGCAGUACACAUCCCAGGUCUGUUAGCUGUCAUUGUGUUUUAUGUGAUUAUCCUCAUCACUGGCAUCUGGGCAUCGAGAAAGUCCAAAAGAGAGGAGGAAAAAUGCACAGGAGAGCGAAGCGAAGUAUCAGUGGUAGGAGGAAGAAACCUCAGUGUCUGGGUGGGUGUGUUCACAAUGACUGCCACUUGGAUCGGAGGUGGUUUUAUACUUGGAACUGCAGAAAUGGUUUAUAAUCCAUCUGAAGGUCUGGUCACAAGCCUGGCACCUGUUGGAUUUUCACUCACUCUCAUUAUCGGAGGACUAUUUUUUGUGAAGCCAAUGAGAGUUAAGAAUUAUGUAACCAUGAUGGACCCGUUCCAGAUUAAAUACGGACAUGCACUGACAGGCGUAUUUUUCAUUCUGGCAUUCAUUGGUGACGUAAUGUGGGUAGCCUGUGUUCUUGCAGCUUUGGGGGGUACAAUGACUGUCAUCCUUGACUUAGCUUCAUACCAGUCUAUCAUCAUCUCUGCAGCUGUUGCUAUAUUUUACACUUUACUGGGAGGCCUGUACUCUGUAGCAUAUACGGAUGUUAUCCAGCUCAUCUUUAUUGCUGUCAGCCUGUGGAUCUGCAUUCCGUUCCUCAUGACAAACUCUGCGGUGACUGAUAUCACCUAUACAGCCACCCACGAAGUAUAUCAAGUGCCAUGGAUUGGCACUGUGGAUGAGAAGACAGUAUGGCCGUUAAUUGACAACCUUCUGUUAAUAACCCUUGGUGGACUUUGCUAUCAGGCAUUUUUUCAACGUGUCCUGGCAGUGUCCACCACGCGGCAAGCUCAAGUGACAUGCUACGUGGCAGCCGCUUGCUGUUUCUCUUUAGGCAUUCCUCCCGUGCUCAUCGGAGCAGUCGCUGCAUCAACAGACUGGAAUCAGACCAGCUACGGUCUUCCCACCCCAUAUGACAAAGGGGAGGCCAGCUACAUUUUGCCGAUAGUCCUUCAGCAUCUCUGCUCUGAAUACAUAGCUAUUGCUGGAAUUGGAGCUGUAGCUGCUGCUGUCAUGUCAUCAAUGGAUUCUGCACUGCUCUCUUGCAGCUCCAUGUUUGCUCGAAAUAUUUACAAACGAAUAUUAAGGAAAAAAGCAUCUGACCGAGAGGUCCAAUGGGUGAUCAAAUUUGGAAUUCUUCUGUUUGGACUCAUUGGCAUGGGCCUGGCACUAUUAACCAAUUCAGUCUAUUCUCUGCUUUUAAUGAGUGGAGAGUUGAUAUACGCUGUGUUUUUCCCACAGCUGGUGUGCAUCAUGUAUCUUCCGAAGACUAACGCCUUUGGGGCAAUAGCUGGAUUAGUGGUGGGAACGACAUUGAGACUUUUAAGUGGAGAACCUUUCCUCCACAUUCCCCCUGUUAUUCAUUAUCCAGGCUGCACACUUAUAGAUGGAGUUUAUGUGCAGUUCUUCCCAUUAAAAACUCUUUCAAUGAUAGUUUCCUUCUUCACCAUUGUGUCUGUAUCCUAUUUAUUUUUAUUCCUUUUUGAAAGGGGCUUCCUGCCUGAAAAAUGGGAUAUUUAUAAUUUAAAGGAAAAAGCUGCUGUGACACUUAAAACUAUUAACUUGGAAGAACACAAUGAAACAAUUUCUCUUGAUAAGAUAAAUUGUGAAAAUGGUGCUGAAAGUAAUAAAUGAGUGGAGUUGUUAGUAUUAUAAUUACAGCUAUUUUAAAGAUGGCCUUUAUUUGGAUUAGUUGGAAAAGCAUAGCACAUUGUUAUAACAUUAUUAUUAAAAAAGGAGUCCUCUCUGUCAUCUCAAAGCUGCGUGAAGUGUUUUUACAGUUGCUGGAGUGCCAAUCCUGCCACCAACCCCCAUGAUUUCCCUGCAAGUUGGAGAACUGCUUGCAGGGCCAGAUGCAGUUUAAUGUCAUACCAAGGGUCCUUCCAGACAGACAAUAUCUUUGUAUAAUGUUAGGGAAAUUAUGGGGGAUGGUGGCAGGAUUGGAACUCCAGCCACCGUAAAAACACUUCAUGCAGCUCUGAGAUGACACGACAGGACUCAUUUCUGCUCACCGCAGGAGUAGCUCUGCUGCACCUGCCCAUAGGAAGGCUGCUAGCAUUAUGAAAGGGGAUGGGGGGAAAGCCCAUCAUCCCUGGAAGUGUCAAAACCAUUGGCAAGCCAAUGGGGUCAGGCCUGUUGGGGAUCGGAGCUGGUAUGAUGCUGAGGCGUCACCCACUACACGGCAGCACUUGGGUCCCAAUUUGAGGUGACCCAUCUGGGUAGGCACGUGGAAUGUCUUGUCUCUUCGGCAUGAUGAUCUUCCUCUGCUGUCGGAUAAUGCUUGUAAACUUCGCAUUUCAGUGGGGGCACUCUCUGAUGUGUGCAGACCUGGGACUGGCCAGUUCUCUGUAGGUGGGGUACACCUUUAUUGGUCUGAUGGCUGGAGCUGUUGCCGUUGUUUCAAUGAUGUCUCUGUGAGGGAGACAUUUUAUUUGAAACUUUGCUUGGUGGUUGAUGGGUUCCCGCGAGGUGACACUCCUCUGGUCAUGGGUGACUUCAUUGUGACCACUGGCACUGACAGGGCUGGCUAUGAGGAUUGGAUCUGGUGAGUGUGGUGAAAGUGGCUCCAUGUUCCUUGACUUUGAAAAAGGUCAGGGGCUGCGGAUCGCUAUAUACUGGUUCCAACACCUUGAGCCACAUCGUUGGACUUGGUACUCCAAUACUGGUGGUGUGGUGAAAGAGAUCAAUCACAUCCUCAUGGACAGACACUGCAGGGUUUUACAAAACUUCAGGGUCUACAGAAGUGCCCAGUUUGUGCCCACAGACUUGUUGUUGCUACUCUGAAAAUCCAGCUUAGAUCCAGUAGGCUACCACCUACUAGGAAAAUGAGGCUAGACCUGGAUAGAGACUCCAAGAUCAGGCUGUUUCUAAUGAGUUUGCACACAGUUUGUGUGAGGAACUUACAGACUUGAGGGUGACUGCCAAUCCUAAUGUGAUGUGGGGGACUUUCCAUGACAAGACCCUGAACAUUUCUGAGGGUUGUGUUGGUGUUACCGGUGUUCCCAGAAGGAGGUGUUUCAUGUCUCAGGGCACCCUGAAUAUCAUUGAGAAGAGUCGCAGCGCACGGCUUGAUGGCAACUCCGGUCUGUACCAGGAACUGAGAAGGAUGACUGCGAGGGCUCUGAGGGCAGAAAAGUAAGUGUUUGUUAGGGCAAACUAUGAGCAAAUGACACACCAUCUAUGGUCUAGUGACCUAUGUCCUCCUUAUAGAGGAAUCAAAGCAUUACGCACAUCCGAAUCUGUUCUUCAGAGAGUAGCAGUCAUGACAGCUGAUGGAACGGUCCUCACGGAUAACACUGCAGUUGUGACCCACUGGGCUGGCUGCUUUGAGCAGCUGUUUAAAGCUGAUCCUCCAGCUAGGAUGUUGGAUAUCUCGGGUCCAUGGUUCUUGAGGCUGAUCCUCCAAUUAUCUGUGAACCAUCCAAUCUCAUUGUGGUUUUGGGAGUGAACUUCUCCAGGUUGUUGGUAAGGCUGUCUUCUUGGCAUUGCAAGCAAUCUUUGCUUUCAUUUGUGAGACAGGCGUCAUCCAAACUGACUGAAAAAUGGGACUUGUCACCCCUAUCUGGAAAAGGAAGGGUGAUCGCCUAGAUUGCGGCAACUACAGGGGGAUGAUAUUGCUCUUGGUACCAGGUAAGGUCCUUACUACAGUGUACCAUCGACCGCAUCAUGGCACUGAGGGUUCUAAUGGAGCGCAAAUGUGAAUAUCGGCAGAGAUUCUUUGUAGUCUUUGUUGAUUUUCAUAAAACGUUCAACUCAGUUGAUCAAGCUGCCCUGUGGGACAUCCUGAGAAUUUACGAGAUCUCCUCAAAGUUUUUGGAUAUCAUGGCUGGCCUGUACACUGGAACUGUGAGUGCUGUGCAGAGUGGAAGCAGAACCCCUGCAUUUUGCCCAGUUGAUUCUGGGGUUCAUCAGGAGUGUGUUCUUGCUCCUACUCUGUUCAGUGCUUGCAUGGACUGGGUGAUGGGCAGGAUCUUGGGAUCCUGAGGCUGUGGGGCAUUUGUUGGUAAAGAGAGCGGGGCUCUUGACAGACUAAGUGAGGAGUCUGAGUGUCUGGGAUUGCAAGUGUCCUGGAUAAAAAACAAGAUCUAAGCCUUUAAUGACCUCUUGGGCACAACCUUCAGCAGUGUGUCUGUCUGUGGAGAGAGUCUCAACCUUGUUGAGAGAUUUACUUACCUCAGCAGCGACAUUCAUGUCUCUGGUGACUCUUCCUCUGAAGUCAGUAGAUGGAAAGGGCUGUGUGAAAGUCCUGAUAUCUUUGCAAAAGGAUGAAGGUCUAAGUGUUUAGAGUCUUGGUGCUUCCUGUUUUGCUGUAUGGUUGUGAGACAUGGACACUCUCCAGUGACCUGAGACAAACUCUGGACUCCUUCGGUACUGUGUCUCUUCAGAGAAUCCUAGGGUACCGCUGGUUUGACUUUGUGUUGAAUGAGCGGUUGCUCAUGCAGUCCCGAAUGAGGCACAUUACCUGCCAUGUAAGGGAGCGUCAGUUACAGCACUUAUGGCCAUGUGGUGUGAUUUCCCAAAGGUGAUCGGGCUCGAAGGAUUCUCAUUGUUGAGGACCAAAGUUGCUGGACCAGGCCAAGGGGACGCCCACGUAACACCUGGCUGUGGCAGAUAGAGGAUCAUUUAAGUGGUGUGAGACUAGAUCGCGUGCCUGCCUGGGGGGUUGCCAACCAGUAUCCCGAGCUGUUUCAUUGUGUGGUGGGUGCAGCAAUAUGCUGUACCAGUGCAUUCUCCCUGACCUGACCUGACCAGAUUAUUAAAAAUUAAAAGACUUGUAAAGUGAAAAUAUAUUAUAAAUAUAUAGAUAAACUUAUGUUUUUCUAUAUUUUGCUUGAACUCUUACUUUUUGAAAAUGUAACAUUUUACACUUUGAGUUUCCCAGAUGAAAAAACAUUUAUAGAUAUUUUAAUCCUCAUGAAGUGAUGGCAUGCUUGCUUGAGGAACCAUGUACACAAUGGAAUAAGUCAGUAAUGUUGAACAUGGUUAAAGUUUAAAGUAAUAGCUAAGAGAUUUCUUGACCAGAACCUCCCUUGACACCCCUCAAAACGGAGCAAUUUGUCAGGUUUUAACAGAUGUCCUCUUUUACAGGACUCACACACUACACAGAUUCAAAAUUAAAAUGUCCGCUACUAAAACAUACCUUUAUUUUAUAGCAAAAUGAAAAUGUAGCCAGAGACUGCUUUAUUCAUAUAAUCAAUAAUAUUUUUUGCUUGUAACCUUGAAUCAUUUUACUAAGGGGAAUAUGAAGAUGUACUCAAGUUAAUUUUUCAUAAACUGUUUCACACUUACAUCUGUGUGUAUUUUUUAAAUAAAGAUUUAUUUUAUUACCAAAAAA